CUCUCACAAUCACAAUCACAAACACAAACUCUUCUUCAUCUCUUUCUACUCAUCUUUGUGUUUAACAAUGGCCGAAAAGAAUAGCAAUUUGGCUACUGGAACCUCUGGACCAUGUCAAGAAGAAGAUGGAAACUCCGGCGGCAUCCGGACGGUGGAGAUGCUGCUGAGACUAUUUCCGGUGGGGCUGUGUGUGGCUGCACUAGUUGUCAUGAUUAAGGAUUCUGAGACUAAUGAUUAUGGCUCUUUAUCCUACUCCAACUUCACUGGUUUUAGGUUUUUGGUGCAUGCGAAUGGCGUAUUGGCUGGUUAUUCUCUAGUGACAGCUGCUUUCACGGCAGUACCUCGUCCAAUGACCAUGCCUCGAGCCUGGACCUUCUUUCUCCUUGAUCAGGUUUCUACAUACUUGAUAUUGGCUGCGGGUGCCGUGACAACUGAGCUGACAUUUUUGGCAUAUAAAGGCGACGUGACGGUGACAUGGAGUGAAGCGUGUGGGACCUACGGUCACUUUUGUAAACAGGCAACAGCGUCAAUCAUCAUCACUUUCUUGGUGGUGAUUUGCUACAUUUUACUAUCGUUAAUCUCAUCGUAUAGGCUCUUCAGCAAGUAUGAUGCACCUGUCGGGUACCGUAACAAGGGAAUCGAAAUCGUUGACUUUGGGAAUUAAGAUAGUUGACUUGUGAAAACUUGUUUGCUAAUUUGUUUGGUUCCCAUUCGUAAAGAUAAAUAAUGUAUGUUUAUGAAUGUUCUUCAAGCUAUCUUUCUUGUUUGUAA